UGCAACCUGAUCAGCCAAACAACAGCUCAGUAAAGCAGACUCGGUGAUGACAGGUUAGGUUGAGCGGAGGCGACCUUCCUGUUCGCAGUUAAAGGAGCUGGAGACAGGAUGAAUGUUGGUGUCGCUCACAGUGAGGUUAAUCCAAACACCCGGAUAAUGAACAGCCGGGGAAUCUGGCUGGCCUACCUCAUUUUAGUCGGAAUUCUCCAUGUCGUCCUGCUGAGCAUUCCAUUCUUCAGCAUUCCUGUGGUGUGGACUCUUACUCAUGUCAUCCAUAACUCGGCAAUGUAUUGGUUUUUGCACACGGUUAAAGGAACACCAUUUGAAACUCCAGACCAGGGCAAGGCACGAUUACUUACACAUUGGGAGCAAAUGGAUUAUGGGAUCCAGUUUACAUCUUCACGCAAGUUUCUUACCAUCACUCCAAUAAUUCUGUAUAUGCUAGCAAGUUUCUACACUAAAUAUAACGUUGUUCAUUUCCUGGUGAACACCACAUCUUUGCUCACCGCACUCAUUCCCAAACUCCCACAGCUGCAUGGUGUCCGAAUCUUUGGCAUCAACAAGUAUUGAAUGGGUGCAUGACCUCUGGGUGAAUGCUGAAAGGCGAUGCUGCCAGUAACUCCAAACAACCUCAGAAAGGGGCCAGCAUGAGCAAUGCGCACAAUGUACUGAGACAAUGGCUGAUGAAGGAACUGCUGGCACUACCUCUUGAAACAUCAACUGUUUUUCUUACUGUGCAAGUGAAAGACUUUGUAUGUAUAAGUUUACUCUUGUGUAUAAGCUGCUCAUGUAUAAUUUUGUACUUUUUUUCUCUCCUUUGCAUUAUAUGUAUACAAUUAAAAGAGAUUUAAGUCAAUAAGGGUUUGGAGGAGUGUUUGUGUAUCCGAGGUAAAAGAUUCACAAAACGUAGCAACUCUGCUCCCACCUCUACUGCCUCGUAGACUCCACCCAACUGAUUGCUUCCUCAGUGCCAUUAUGGCACUUACUUUACUAUCUGUAACUAUGACAGAGCUGCUGCUUGAUCUUACUUGACCGCUCCUUGCAAUCUUCUCUGGAACUCUCACUGAGCUGGGAGUCAGUCCUAUUCCUUUGUCUUGCACUUCUGCAAAGUAAUUAUGUCGUUGCAGUAGUGUAGCUUUUGUACAGUGUAUAAAAGGGGUUGCAUACAGUAAUGUGACAGUGAGGGGUCCUCAAGCCUGGUGUUGCU